UCCCGUUCAGUCACUGCACUCUGUAAAACUGAACAUACGCCCAUUAGUCAUCGUCCCUGCAUCACUGCAUCUCCCACUAUCUCGGAGAAAUCUUCCUUGUUCUGGGAAACAUACACCUGGAGAGCCCACCUAGAGUCCACACAUUCUCUGCCUCCGAAGAAAAAAAUGGGUCUGACAGGCACCUCCCAGACCUGGGCAGCCAAGCUACUCCGCGGCGUCGGCCGCGCGGCGAUGGGCACCCUCACGCGCUCGCACCCGGACGAAACGGCGAAAUGGCCAUCGCGCGACGCGGGUCGCACGAUCAAGGUGCACAUCUACCGGCCGUCCCCGGACACUCAGCCCACGACACCCAGCCCCAGCCCCAGCCCCGUGCUGAUCAACAUGUGCGGCAGCGGAUUCAUCCUGGCCGGCCACGGCACGGACGACGAGUACUGCCGGUUCAUCGCCACGCACACGGGGUACACGGUGGUGGACGUGCAGUACCGGCUGGCGCCGGAGCACCCGUUCCCGGCGGCGUUCCACGACGUGGAGGACGUGAUCCAGCACGUCCAGCAGGACCCGGCGACCUUCGACGUGGGCCGCGUGGCGCUCUCCGGCUUCAGCGCGGGGGCCAACCUGGCGCUGGCCGUGUCGGCGGUGCGCGACUUCCCGCCGGAGGCCGCCAUCCACGCCACGAUCGCCUUCUACCCCUCGUGCGACCUGGCCGAGGACUUCGCCGACAAGGCCGCCCCGGACGACGGCACCCGCCUCAAGAUGCCCGCCGGCCUGUCGCGGUUCUUUCAUCGCUGCUACUUUCCGGACGGGGACGGCGACGCCGACGACCCCCGCAUCUCGCCCGCGUUCGCGGCCCCCGAGCGCUUCCCCCGCAACCUGGCCGCCAUCACCGCCGCGCAGGAUCCCUACGCGCCGGAGAUGGAGCGCAUCGCCGCGGCGGUCGAGGCGCUGCCCGGCCGGAAUGUCGUGCUCAAGCGCAUGGAGCACUGUCCGCAUGGGUGGGACAAGCGGGCCAAGGAGGGCACGACGGGGGCGGCGGCCAAGCAGGAGGCGUACGAGCUGGUGGCGCAGUUUUUGAACUCGUUAUGAGACACUGCGCACUGGGAUUGUGAGUUUUGGCUUUGUCCUUUGUGGAUAAUGUAGAGUCUCGGGUGCAUUGUAUAUGGUUUUUGAUCGAGCGCGGAGUGUUCUCACUCUUGUGAGCUGUUAGACUUUGGCUGAUACACAGUAUGGAUUUGUGGACGUUACUCGAUCUGCUUCUUACCCGAGGGUAGUUCCGGCCUUGCGGAAGGCUUGAUGGUUGCGCACUGUGGGUCAAGACUUGUAAAUGGAGAUGUAGUCCAUGACCGUGACAUCUACUUAUCCUCCGACUGGGCGCAGCCUCCCGCCUCA